GCCCAGUGUCUUGGAUCUCAGUGGUGGAGAUGUUGUGUUCGGGGAGGGUCGACUUUGAGCUGACAUUGAGAGUGACGGUCUGUGCUUCUUGUAACAUCUCUGGACGCUCAUGGUAGACGGAGCUGCUCGUGUCUCUGGCUCUUUCCCCCUGUCCUUCAGCACCACUGAAUUGGACAGCACCAGGCAACCAGACCCUCAUUCACUUUACCCCUCAGGAUAGCUGUUUGCGUCACUUGACUUUAUGGAAACAUUUUGCAUGGGUUUGGACGAGUAAAAGUCUGAUUUGGAGAGGAACCAACGGAUACGCGCCGCCACAACCAAACUGGCAGGAAAACUGUUCCAGUGUCAGUGUCAAGCUUCUUUAGCGUUUUUUGACUCUAGUCGUGGGUUAACCGAACCGCGAAGCUGCUGUCUACGUGGACCGGUGCUGAACUCUUCCGUCCGACUGCCAGGACCAAACCCAGAGACAUGGCCACGAACGGCACGAAAGCAUCCGAUGGACACGUUUUAACAGAGCUGAACGAAGCGCCCACCGCCAACGACAAACCAAAAACUCUGGUGGUGAAAGUUCAGAAGAAAAAGGAACUUCCCGACAGAGAAACAUGGCAGGGAAAAUUUGACUUUCUUCUGUCUUGUGUUGGCUAUGCCAUUGGACUUGGCAAUGUCUGGAGAUUUCCCUAUCUAUGUGGAAAAAACGGAGGAGGGGCGUUCUUGAUUCCUUACUUUUUGACCCUCAUAUUUGCUGGGGUCCCGUUGUUUCUUCUGGAAACUUCCCUCGGUCAGUUCACGUCCAUUGGUGGUCUUGGAGUGUGGAAACUGGCCCCUAUGUUCAAAGGUGUUGGCCUGGCAGCAGCAGUCCUGUCGUUCUGGCUCAACAUUUACUACAUAGUCAUAAUCGCUUGGGCAAUUUACUACCUGUAUAACUCAUUCACCACAGAUCUCCCCUGGAAAUCGUGUGACAACCCUUGGAAUACAGAAAAAUGCUUCUCAAACUACAGCAUGGCAAACACUGCCAAUAUGACGAGCGCCGUCGUGGAGUUCUGGGAACGUAACAUGCAUCAACUGACUGAUGGUUUGGAAAAGCCGGGAGAGAUAAGACUGCCACUAGCAAUAACACUGGCCAUUGCCUGGGUUCUGGUCUAUUUUUGUAUCUGGAAGGGAGUAGGCUGGACUGGAAAGGUGGUAUAUUUUUCAGCAACAUACCCAUACUUCAUGCUGUUUAUUCUGUUCAUCCGUGGAGUGACGCUGCCUGGAGCGAAAGAAGGCAUUUUGUUCUAUAUCACGCCUGAGUUCAGCAAGCUGAAAGAAUCCGAGGUGUGGCUCGAUGCAGCCACUCAGAUCUUCUUCUCUUACGGUCUGGGCCUGGGCUCUCUGAUCGCCCUUGGGAGCUACAACCCUUUCAACAAUAAUGUUUACAAAGAUUCUAUCAUCGUCUGCUGCAUCAAUUCCUUCACCAGUAUGUUCGCUGGAUUCGUCAUUUUCUCUAUCGUAGGUUUCAUGGCCCACAUCACAAAGCGGCCCAUAGCAGACGUGGCUGCAUCAGGGCCAGGGCUGGCGUUCUUAGCCUACCCAGAGGCGGUCACACAGCUGCCCGUCUCACCGCUCUGGGCAAUCCUAUUUUUCUCCAUGUUGCUUAUGCUUGGCAUUGACAGUCAGUUCUGUACGGUGGAGGGAUUCAUCACUGCUCUCAUUGAUGAGUUCCCCCGCUCUCUACGAGGAAGACGAGAGAUCUUUAUCGCUGUUGUCUGCUUCGUGUCUUAUUUGAUUGGCCUGUCAAACAUCACACAGGGUGGCCUGUAUGUGUUCAAACUUUUCGACUAUUAUUCUGCCAGUGGAAUGUGUCUGCUGUUCCUGGUGUUCUUCGAAUGCAUCUCCAUAUCCUGGUUCUAUGGUGUCAAUAAAUUCUACGGCAACAUUGAGGAGAUGAUUGGAUACAAGCCCUGCAUUUGGUGGAAGCUGUGCUGGGUCGCAUUCACCCCUCUGAUUGUGGCGGGUGUGUUCCUCUUCAGUGCCGUUCAGAUGGUCCCGCUUACAAUGAACAAUUAUGUGUUCCCAAAGUGGGGGCAAGGUGUAGGCUGGUGCAUGGCUCUGUCAUCCAUGAUUCUUAUCCCAGGAUACAUGGGCUACUUGUUCCUCACCCUGAAGGGCUCAUAUAAAGAGCGCCUUCGGAUCAUGACUCAGCCCACGGUGGUGGUUCGGACUCAAGAGAAUGGACCAGAACAGCAACCUGAAAACCCCACUCCAGCCAAUGACGAGGCCUACAUCUAGACCGCCCUCCCCCCGCUUCACCACCAAUUAUCAAAGGUCAACGUUCAGAGAGAGAAUAAAAGAGUAAUCAUGGUUGAUCACAACCAAGGACUUCCAUGUCUAGAGUAUAUUCACCUACCUCCGAGGGAAAACCAACCUGAUUACAGUUUGAAUUGUUUUGCUACAUAUAUACAGUACAUAGGGUCCAAAAUAUCUGUCCAGCGAUGUUCUAGGGUUAAUCUAUAUUUCAUAUGCAAGAUAUUAGUCUUUCUAAAAAAGAAAAAGAAGAAAGGGUCACAGUGUAACCAGAGGAUUUAAUUUAAGUGAUAAUUCAAGAUUUGGCAUCCCAAUGUAAUUUCAACACCACCGUGUUAAUUUGAUAUUACAUGUAAUUAAUGUAUUAAAAAUACAGUUGUAGGUUAGAAUUGAAUUGUAUCUGAUUGUAUCUGAAAAAAAAAAAUAUAUAUAUAUAUAUAUAUAUAUAUAUAUACACAUUUAUAUAUCUAGAAUAAAGCAGGGAGCGAGAAUAUGGGAGCGUGCAACGGGGCAAGAUGAACCUUGGAUGUCAAGGUUGCGUAGCCAGACGACACUUUUCAAGACGCUACAGUUUCAAAUAGCCCUUCUCCCGUUUAGCCCUCGGGCAAACCCUGAAAGCACAAGACCAGUAUGGAUUUGGUUUACAAACGUCCCAGGCAGUGAUGAAUUACCAGCUGCAGGGGCCAAUUGACAUCAAAAAAGACUGUUACUAUUUUUUUUUCCUUUUUUUAUUUUCUAAGACAAAAUAACUUUGUAUGUGUUUUUUAGGAUCAUUUUAGUACGUUUUCUAUGUAAGAGUAAGAAGGACCAAAUUCAUGUUUAUGCUACUGACAGAUCUGAAAAACUGUUUUACGUCGCACCGUAUCACUACACAGGGUCCGAAAAUUCAUUUUUGGGGGCAGACGUACCCCGUGAAACCACUGUUAAUCCUGCUCACCACAUUUGCAUGCCACUCCUCAGGAAAAAUGGCGAAAGUGACCAAAAUUUGCUUUCCUGGAUCAAAAACGAUUAUAGCUGUGAGGAGCCUUCAGCAAAUAAUCACUUCUGAGCAAAAGCUAUAGUCUGUUGCCAUGGUUUCUAGGGUCAUUUUGUCAGACAUCAUUGACAAACCAGCACUCUGUGUCAAAAACUGACAGAGCCGUUGUUCCAAUGAAAAUAUGUCAAGGAGAAAUUAUGAUGUUUUCUUUUUAAAUCUACAGACUAGAUGGGCAAUAAAUAAUCUACAUGAAAUCAUAUAAAGGGAUAUACAGUAUAUGUGUGUGUGUGUGUGUGUGUGUGUGUGUGUGAGAGAGAGAGAAAGAGAGAGACCGAGAAAAAUGACUGUUUUAUUUCCACUGUUUUAUUUUUUAAAACGCCACUGGUGAAAAGCACAGAGCUUUAAGUUGACAAGCCACAAAGGUAUCCGAAAAAGAGCACUGUUAGUUUGCUUCGAUGGCAGCUACACGUGACAGAGAUCUGGAUUAAUUAGUCGAUUUAUUCUCUGCAAGAUGUCUGAUGAAAAAAAAAAAGUGCAAUCAAUAAGAGUUUUUCGUGAAAUUGUAUAAAUUUACCAUUCAUCAGAUUUCUCUCUGAAACAAUGUUGUAAAACUGUACCGUGUAAAAGUAACUGUGAAUGUCCGUUUUGAGGUUUUUGUCUUGUUGAUGAACCUUAUAUUAUUUGCUGUUUACUGCAAUAAUGCAUCGAUCUCAGAAACUAUAUAAAGCACAUAUCUUUCUGAAAUGUAAAAAAAGAUUAGUAAUAAUAACAAAUGAAUAACAAUUAUGGAAGAUUAUAAGAAAAUAGAUAAUAUGUCUAGUCAAAGAAAAUAUUGUUUUGUAUAUUUCUAACUGUUUGGGCCUAAUGUAAAAUAUUGAUAUGUAAAAAAAAAAGAAAAAAAAUUCUAUAUAUAUAUAAUAAAUGUCUUUAGAUGGUGUUAUAUAAAAGCAUGAUUGCCAUGUGUUAUCUGAUUAAAAUAAAAUAAAAAUUAAGUACUAUAGAUUAUAA